CGGCCAGCACUUCUUGUACGAGGUGCCGCCCUGGGUCAUGUGCCGCUUCUACAAAGUGAUGGACGCCCUGGAGCCCGCCGACUGGUGCCAGUUCGCCGCCCUGAUCGUGCGCGACCAGACCGAGCUGCGGCUGUGUGAGCGCUCCGAGCAGCGCACGGCCAGCGUCCUGUGGCCCUGGAUCAACCGCAACGCCCGCGUGGCCGACCUCGUGCGCAUCCUCACGCACCUGCAGUUGCUCCGGGCUCGGGACAUCAUCACGGCCUGGCACCCUCCCGCCCCCCACCUGCCCCCCAGCACCACCGCCCUGAAGCCCAGCAGCAUCGCUGCACCCUCUGAGGCUGAGGCUCCCAGCCCCCGGAAGUUGCAGUCGUCAGCCUCCACCCUCCCCUCCCCAGCUUUUCCAGGCUCCCAGACCCAUUCUGGGUCUGAAUUUGGCCCUGUCCCAAGCCCUGCUGCCCUCCGGCCACCACCACCAUCUCCAGCCCCUUCCUCUACCAAGCCGAGCCCAGACAGCCAGGUGUUCCUCCUGCAGGGGGCCCACCCCUCUCCGUUCUGCUGGCCCCUCCAUGAGAUUUCCCAGGGCACUCACAACUUCUCAGAAGAGCUGAAGAUCGGGGAGGGUGGCUUUGGGUGUGUGUACCGGGCUGUGAUGAGGAACACCGUGUACGCUGUGAAGAGGCUGAAGGAGGAGGCAGACCUGGAGUGGACCACCGUGAAGCAGAGCUUCCUGACCGAAGUAGAGCAGCUGUCACGGUUUCGUCACCCAAACAUCGUUGACUUUGCUGGCUACUGUGCUCAGAGUGGCUUCUACUGCCUUGUCUAUGGCUUCCUGCCCAACGGCUCCCUGGAAGACCGCCUCCACUUCCAGACCCAGGCCUGCCCCCCUCUCUCCUGGCCUCAGCGACUGGACAUCCUUCUGGGCACGGCUCGGGCAAUUCAGUUUUUACAUCAGGACAGCCCCAGCCUCAUCCAUGGAGACGUCAAGAGUUCUAAUGUCCUUCUGGAUGAGAGACUGAUGCCCAAACUGGGAGACUUCGGCCUGGCCCGUCUCAGCCGUUUUGCAGUGGCCAACCCCGGCCAGAGCAGCACCGUGGCCCGGACGCGGACUGUGCGUGGCACCCUGGCCUACCUGCCCGAGGAGUAUGUCAAGACCGGGAGGCUGGCCGUGGACACCGAUACCUUCAGCUUUGGCGUGGUAGUGCUGGAGACCCUGGUUGGCCAGAGAGCUGUGAGGAUGCAUGGUGCCAGGACCAAGUAUCUGAAAGACCUGGUUGAAGAAGAGGCCGAGGAGGCUGGAGUGGCCGUGAAAAGCACCCAGACCACACUCCAAGGAGGUCUGGCCACAGACACCUGGGCUGCUCCAAUCGCCACCCAGAUCUACAAGAAGCACCUGGAUCCCAGGCCUGGGCCAUGCCCACCCAAGCUGGGUCUGGCCCUGGGCCAGCUGGCUUGCUGCUGCCUGCACCGCCGGGCCAAGAGGAGACCCCUCAUGACCCAGGUGUACGAGAGGCUGGAGAAGCUGCAGGUGGCAGUGACAGGGCUGUCCCUGGAGCCAGAGGCUGCCAGCCGCAGCCCCUCUUCCCCACAGGAGAACUCCUACGUGUCCACCAACAGCAGUGCCCCAAGCGGUGCCAGCCUGAGGCAGCCCCUGGCAGUGCCCUCAGGAGCCCUGGCCCAGGCUACAGAGUGGCUCCAGAAAGGCCCCAACCAGCCCGUGGAGAGUGACGAGAGUGUGUCUGGCCUGUCUGCUGCCCUGCAUUCCUGGCACCUGACCCCGAGUUGCCCACCAGGCCCAGCCCUGCCAGGCAGCCCUGGGCAAGGGGCUGCUGCGUGGGCCCCAGCACCCCUCGGACAGGCUGGCUAUACUCAAGGGGGCGCUGCCCGAGAGUCAAGCUGGGGGAGCGGCCUGGGUCCCCGGCCUACAGCUGUGGAAGGAUCACUCCUGGGCAGCUCGGUGUCAUCGCCGCCACCGCAGAUUGUCAUCAACCCAGCCCGACAGAAGAUGGUGCAGAAGCUGGCAUUGUACGAGGAUGGGGUCCUGGACAGCCUGCAGCUGCUUUCGUCAAGCUCCCUCCCAGGCUCGGGCCUAGAACACCAAAACAGGCAGAGGCCCGAAGAGAGUGAUGAAUUUCAGAGCUGAUCCGUUCACUUGAGCAGAUCCCCCAAACCCGGAAGUCAAAGUUCUCAUGGCUAGAAGUUCUCAUGGCGCGUGAACCCUCGGCAGCCAGCGGGCACUGGGGGUGGGGGCCCCAUCCUCGCAGGGAGAGCAGGUGGUGGCCCCUGCUGUUCUCGGGGUGUGGGCACAGACGGGGCUCACAGCCACCAGGGCUGGCUGCUAGAAUCCGUCAGUACGGCCGGACGUCUCAAAGGCCUGCCUUCAGUCCAGCAUUUGGGGGAGAGGAAAGCUGAUGUUAUGGAGGGCUGUGGGGGCGGGGAGAGCAUGUCUAAAGGCUGCUGGCUGCACAGGCCGGGGAGGAGAGGUGAGUGGGGCCGCUGGUACACUGGGACAGAGCAGGGAGCCUGCUCCCCUGAGAGCUGGGCAGGGCGUCUACAGCCCAGGCCUACAACAGCAGCCCUUAGCCCUUCGCUGAAGCCCUGGGGGAAAGUGGCCACUCUAGAACAGAGCAGAUGAGGCCUGGGGCCCUCCCAGCUGCUUGUAAUUUGGAAAAGUGAGGUGUGGCCGUCCUAUGGUUCAGUCCACCAGCUAGAAGUGAGAGUUCUGAGAUAUGCUAGAGAGCCCAGCAGCGCCCCUCAUCAAGCCAGGGGACCUGGGAUCUAGCCUAACGUGACCACCUGCUAGCCAGGCCACCACUAGGUGCUACAGCUGGGCAGCAAGCCAGGUCAGGCUCCAGAGGCCACAGGCUCAGGCACUGGUUGUAACCAAGGGGCUACUACCCAAGGUUCGGCUAGGCCCAAGCCCUGUGUUACCCAGACAGUGAGACGCCCCAAGAAGGCAGGAAGUUGGGUACAAGGUAGAGAGGGAAGAAAAAGAAAAAGGGACUCACAAUUUUAGAAGCAAGUCAGGUUUCGUGUAACUGAGUGUCUUCGAAGGUAGCCCAGGGCUAUAACACUGGCCUGCAAUGAUUUCGUGUCCACAGUCAUUACUCACACUACAUGCCCCAUGAAGCUAGGCAUUGGUGAAGUCCCAGUUGUCCUGGAGUAAUAAAAGCUUAUGUUUCGA